AUGCGUCAUGGUCUCAGCGCCCACCUCGGUCGGCGCCGGUCGAGGAAGGCUGGGGCGGCUGAUGACUGGCCAGGGCUGGCCCGUCAUGGCCAUGAUCAAAACUUAUCGAAUGGUGGAACACCGUAUGGUGCUGAUCGGUAUGCGGCCACAGCCGCAGCGGUAGCUGCCGGAGCGGGUUCGAUGCUCCAUGGCAUACCACCGAAGCAUGCUCAACUUGCCGGCGUUCAGCAGCAAGAAUGGCAGCAGCCACGUUCGCCUAUGCCCUCCGAUGGUCAGCAAGUCCCUCAUCAACCUCAGCAUCCCUAUCCAGGUGGUUAUCCACCUCAAUUCAUGCAAGGUCGACCAUCUGGAUUUCCUUGCUAUCCGGGCUAUCCUCCUAUGCCUCCAGGGCAGCCGAACUAUCCAGGCAGCGCCCCUCCACCGGUCGCCUACCCCCCUCAUAUGAUGCGACCGCAACAGCCAGAACUUGUUCGCAUGCCUCAAGGACCAACACCGGCUGAAUGGGCUGCUCAACAGCAGCGUGCCCUCAAGGAAGGCAAUCCACCAACUCCAGCAAGUAUCCCGGCACCAAGUCCUGCCGCGUCAUCUGUGGCAGAUGAGUCUAUGGAUGACAAGUCCCGUUUGGAGUCGCCAUCUUGGUCGAAUCAAGGACAGCGUACUCCACACCCCAGCGGACCUCCUCACCCGUCAGGAAUGAUGAUGCAUCCAGGAAUGAUGCCACCGCAAAGUAUGAUGCCGCCUGUGAUGCAGCCGGCCACUCCUGCAGGCCCACGUAAGGAGAGCAUAGUGGAUAAACUCGUUGGGCCACCAACAGCCGCGAAUCCACCUCGGGUGAUGCCUGAACGGCGUAUGUUUUUUGAGCGCCUCGUUCAAUUCUGUGAGCAACAUGGUGAGCCGAUCACCAUGAUACCGCAGGUUUCGAAACAAAACGUUGAUUUGCAUCGGUUGUACAUCGGUGUUCGAAAUCGUGGAGGGUUUGAGCAGGUAACUAAAGACAAAGCGUGGAAGGCAAUUUGCACCGAAGCCAAUCCCGAGAUCUCGCAGUCGUCGGCUGCUGGUUAUCAGCUUCGAAAACACUAUGAGAAACACUUGUUGCUGCUUGAAUGUCUCAUUAAUGCUGUCGACGGAUGCGGUUGGCAAGGCGACGUUGUUCGCUCAUCAAUACAGAGACUCACACGGGACGACGCCCUAGAAUUACAUCAAAUCUCACUGACUGACUUGAUCAACAUUUCACUACCAAAGAGAGCUGAGUAUUUCGGCGGCGGUGCCUAUCCGGCCGCCUCCAGCACACUGCCGUCGACGAGUUUCUCUCCGUCGCCUCAGCCAUUACUGAUGGGCGCUCGCACAGCCAUCGCCACUGCAACAUGGUAUCCACAACAUCCACAACAUGGAGGUGGAUACUUGUCAGCGCCUGUGCCGCAAGCGCGACCGAUCACAAACGGCCCGUGUCCAUCGUCGUCAUCGACAUCUCCAUCGCAACAUUUUUACCCGCAACCGACCACUUACGGUGCUCUACCACAGAAUUCGAUGAAGAUGUCACCGAAUGCCUCGCCGUACGCUCAGUAUGCGCUCAACUAUUACCAUCAUCAAAGCGUUCGAGAACGGGAGCGAGAGGCAUAUUAUCGGUCUCGCAAUAUGAUGUUGCCACAGUCCGACUGGCGACCUUACGGUGAGUGGGGAACAGUUCUGGUGUUAUCGUUACCAUUUUUGUUGCGGUCUAGCAUUUAUCGCAGCCCUCCUCAUGCCCAACCGCCUCCUGGUCAGGAUCCAGCGUUGUACUAUCAACAACAGCAGCAACAAGCGGCAGCUCAUGGUUUUCCGCCGGGCACAGUUCCCACGGGACCUCCCGGCGCUCCUGGAACGUAUACGGCCGGUGCAUACCCUCCGCGACUUCCGCCGAGCACCGCGCCUAUGCGAGCCCCACAUCCGCAACCGCAUAUGAUGGACAAUGCAAGCCAAUCGGGUAGUCGUGCUCCCAGUACGGGUCCUGCUGCUAGUGCUGCAUCACCAGAUAGCAGUUCGCGUAUGAGUGCUGGUGUGGAGUCGACUGAGCAACGUCCUGGAUCAGCUGCAGUGGGAACACCAGCUGCGACACAUACUCCUGGUCCUCAUUCUGUUCCUCAGCCGUCGACUAGUAUGGCUGCUGUUGGGCCUCCAGGGCAGCCAGCUGGCACGCCGCAACCGCCUGCGGCUUCAUUCUACGGUCAGCCGGCGCCAAUGUAUCCCAAUGGUCCAGCUCGUUUACCGGCUGGUUAUCCCGGAGGCUAUCCUUACCAUCCUGCUCAUCCUAGUGUUCCGCCUGGACAUCCAGGUGGGCCACCUCCACAACAACCGCCACAAUUUGCACCCGCUCCCCACCCUGCUGCUCAUCCUGCCCAUCCACAGCAUCAGCAGUACAUGCAACAGCAGCAGAUGUGGCAUCAAAGAAGCGGUUACCCUGCUCCUGGGCAAAUGCCUCCGCAGGCAGCUAGGUAUGGAUAUCCGCCAAGGAUGCCUCCGCCUCAAGGGGCUCCUACUCAGCAAAGCACACCAUCACCUGGUGCUAACAAGAUGAGAUACGCUCCGCAAGCGCCACAACCACAGCAAGCAGUUGCACCGCAGCAGCAACAGUACCCUCCACGGCCGCCCCAAAUAUCCGCCUCGUACCCGCCAGUAGCUACUCAGACUGCUCCUGCUCCUACUCCACUCGUCCCGCCAUCAAUGUCAUUUUCUCAUCAACAUCAUUUCCCUCAUGGUAGCGUUGAGGCGACUGUCAUCAGCCAGAAACGAAGACGUAAGAUCAUGGCGAGGGAGUUGAUAAAUGCUACUCCGCGACGUUUGAUCAUGGCGCUUCGUAGCGGUAUGGAGGCUGAGGCAAUUUGGGCUAUCAAUGCAUUGAAUGUACUUCUGUAUGACGACACGAACCCCCACCCUAGCCUCAAUCAAAUGCCUGGUCUUUUGAAUGUGAUCAUUGAGCAUUUCUGGGCUACUCUGUCGGUCCUCUUUCCGGAUACGUUCCCCCUCGGUGAGCCGUCUCAGCUUCAAAUUGCCGAAGGAGACCCUGAAGCUUUACGUUUGCCUUACCUUACGAAUGGCAAUGCCCACGAGCAGGUGAAACAGCCCGUUGCAGUGCGAAACCCUGAACAGAAAAAGAAUUACAAUAAGUGCUCACGUACGGGUAGAAAGAUCAAAGUGCUGGAGGCCGAAAUGCCGGAGCUGCUCAAAAGGAAAUUGAUGCUAGAAGAGGGCCCUAGUUGCCUGCCCAUAGACGAAACACUGACGGCAGACUAUGUUGAGGAAAGAAUACAACUAGGGCUUGGCGGAGGCCUUGCAGAGCGGGUAGCUCUUCGCCUUCGAACCGAAUGGCAUGCCUCAAAAACGCAAAGCCGAGCAAGGUUCAGCUGUAGUAUAGAUAAGGACGAAUGUAGUGCCGAAGCAAAAGCUAGUAGUUCGACAGUGAUCAAACAGGAAGCAAAAGAAGAAACUGGAGAGACGCCAGAAAUUGUCAUGCUUCGCCGAGGGCGCAAUAACGAGUGUUGCGAUGAAGCGAACGAAUAUGAGAUUCGAUGGCCUCGAGCUACUGCGCUAACGGACCGCAACGAGACGCUACAACGAUUCUCUCUUCGUGCCUUGGCGCUAUCAAACAUACUACGCGGUUUCUCAUUCCUUCCGGGAAGCGAACAUCUGCUCUGUACUCAUAGUGGAUUAUUGUACAUCUUGGGACGAUUCCUGCAGCUCUUAGUUGUUGAAGCUCCAGUCCAACGUGCAAAACCUGCUCCAAAGAUUGAAGUGGAUGCCCCUUUACCGGAACCUGAAUCAUAUGAAACAGUAAGAACUCGAGCAUUAUCUCUGCUCGACUGCGACGAUGCACAGCAGGUGCUGUUAGUUGAAACGGCAAAUCAGCUGAGGGAUGAUGCGUUUGUGAUGCUUUGCCACAUGAGUGUAGCGCUUGACCUGUUCGAUGUGCCUGACCGAUUGGCUUAUCCCAUUUACGAUGGUAUACUGCACUGGUGUUCGACAAGCGUUCCAGAAGCAACAGAUCCUAUUCCGCCUGCGGCAGUCUCACCAAGGAACUAUGCGCUCGAGAUAAUGUGCAAGAUGUCAGUGUUGGAACGAAACGUGGACAUGUUGUUAUCCACUGGAGCAUGGCCGCGAAUAGAGAAAAUUGUUCGCAUGCUGGCGAAAAUGUUGAGUAUGAGCGAGGAAACACACCAUCGUGAGUUUGCUAUCGUUAUUCUAAACGCUUUCUGCAACGCAUCUGAAGCGGUGUGCUAUGUUGCUGCUAUGCAAUCGCCAACAAUCGCAAAUCUCGUCUCAUUCAUCGAAGCAUCUGAUCAGAGCAUGCACCAGGUUAUGCAAACGCAUGGGAUGCCUGCUUUACGUGAUAAUCCGGAAAUGAUGGGUACCUCUGUGGGAAUGCUGCGACGAGCUGCUGCGAUGUUACGUCUUCUAGUCAAAGUCCCUGAUGCGUACCGCGUAUAUGCAAAGUUCCAGCAGCGGUUACUUCAAUUCACUAUGAGUCAGCUGAUGGAUUCGCGAGUUGCGGGUAUGAUAGCAGAUGCUCUAUAUGAGAUUCAAGCGCUGCUAGGCAAGGAAAAAGCUUCCAAUGUAAAUACGAAUGAGGCUAAUCACAAUCAUGACGGAGAUGCAUCUGAAGUGGUAAAAUCCGAGAAUGCUGCGGACGACACGUCGUCUUCUGUAUCUACGGAUGUUGCAACUGAAAAUGUUGUUAAUGACGAUUCUGCUUCACAAGCGACUAUUAACGGUGAUGCCACAACUCAAGCACUGAAGAAGACCGCCAUGAAGCGAUCCGGAAUCCAUGACGACUGUGUUACCAAAGCACCAUCAUCAAAACGAGCCUGCUUAGAGAACGGGUAUGAGAAGAAGAACGGGAAGUUGGAUAGCAGUCCUUUGAAGUUGAAAGAAACACGGGCAGAAAACGGAUCGAUGACCGCUGUCGCAUAG